UGCAUUGACACAAAACAAAAAGAAACAACAACUCCUCCCCAUUUCUCUCCUUCUCUCUGAAAAUAUUACAACUUUCAAUUUUUUUAGCUGAAAAGAAUUACACAACUUGUUACAAUUACAACAACCACAUAAGAGUCAAACAAAGCAAAAAGGGUUUUUACAAAGCCAAAAACCCUCUCAAGAAACCACCAAGAACACACAAGACCAAAUAUGCAUUCAUUUGGGUACAGAGCCAAUGCUUUGCUAACCUUUGCAGUGACCAUCCUAGCUCUCAUGUGUGCCAUGGCCUCUUUCUCUGACAACCUCAACCACCCAUCUCCCUCUUCCAGUGUUCAGGUGUUGAACGUUAAUUGGUUCCAGAAGCAACCAAAUGGGAAUGACGAGGUUAGCUUGACAUUGAAUAUAUCAGCAGACUUACAGUCAUUGUUUACAUGGAAUACGAAGCAGGUUUUCGUAUUUCUAGCUGCCGAGUAUGAAACCCCAAAGAAUUCCUUAAAUCAGAUUUCACUUUGGGAUGGCAUUAUAGCUUCUAAAGAGCAUGCAAAGUUUUGGACACAUACCUCUAACAAGUAUCGUUUUAUUGAUCAGGGAAGCAACCUUCGUGGUAAAGAGUUUAACUUGACAUUGCAUUGGCAUGUCAUGCCCAAGACUGGCAAGAUGUUUGCGGACAAACUAGUCAUGUCCGGAUACCGCUUGCCGAAGGAAUAUAGAUGAGAUUUCUUGUGUAUGUUGUUGCUGUAACUUCAGCCUUUUUUUAUAUGGGGAUACAAAAGGUCAGCUGAAUUAGGUCAUAAACAGGCAAAGUUACAUGUUUUAGAGACAGAAAAUGAAUAUUGCUUGCAAUUUUUGACCCACAAAGUAUCGUUGCCAGUUUUUCA